ACCUGUUUGUCGCUCAGUCAUUGAUGUUCAGUAUUUUGGAUAGUUUCAAGAAACUGUAGAAGUUGUGAAUUCAGCAGCAUGGAUCAGUGUGAGGACAGAGAGGAGGGAUCCCCUCCCUCUAAAACCACUCAGAGUGAGGAAGAUGAUGCUCAGAGGAUCCAACAAAGACGGGAACCGAAACCAGAAACCAGCUGUGGGUCCUUGAAGAGUGAUCAGUCAAAGGAUGAUUUUAUUGAAUUUAAAUCUGCUGGACCUUUAGUCUCAGAGAGAUCGUUUUCCGGUGGAUGGUCUUAUGUUGGACUGAGGGCGGACAGGCAGGCUGGUAGGUCCUGUAAGGAGUUACUGGAGAGGAGACAGUUCCAGAGCAGCGAGGAGAUGAAGGAAACUGACCGGAUCCUGGUGAGCGUCCGGUCUGGUUCUGUGGAAGAUGAGAGCAAGAAGAGUGUGGACCUGCAGACCUCAGAGGUUUCCUGUGCUCCAUCUCCCCAGCAGCAUCAAAACCAGCUAGACUCCAUAUUUAUGUUGCUGGAGGAAAACAUGAUCAAUUUUGUGAAGAUUGAGCUGAAGAAGAUCCAGAGGGCUCUGAGUCCAGAUGAUCCAGUAUGUUCAGAGAGUCAAAGAGUUGAUGAGGUGUUUGAGGAUGAAGAGAAGAUGAGGAGCAGCAGAGAAGCACUGAUGAAGAUCACAGUGAACUUCCUGAGGAGGAUGAAGCAGGAGGAUCUGGCUGACACUCUGCUGAGCAAAUAUCCUGCAUUUUGUCAACAUGAACUUAAAUCUGUUCUGAAGAAGAAGUUCCAGUCUGUGUUUGAGGGAAUCGCUGAAGCAGGAAGUCCAACCCUUCUGAACCAGAUCUACACAGAGCUCUACAUCACAGAGGGAGGAACUGGAGAGGUCAAUGAUGAACAUGAGGUCAGACAGAUUGAAGCAGCAUCCAGGAAACCAAACAGACCAGAAACAAUAAUCAGACCAGAAGACAUCUUUAAAGUCCCACCUGGAAGAGAUCAACCAAUCAGAGCAGUGAUGACACAGGGAGUGGCUGGCAUUGGGAAAACAGUCUUAACCCAGAAGUUCACUCUGGACUGGGCUGAAGGCAAAGCCCACCAGAACAUCCAGUUCAUAUUUCCAUUCACCUUCAGAGAACUGAAUGUGCUAAGAGAGAAAAAGUUCAGCUUGGUGGAACUUGUUCAUCACUUCUUCACUGAAACCAAAGGAAUCAGCAGCUUUGAAGACUUCCAGGUUCUGAUCAUCUUGGAUGGUCUGGAUGAGAGUCGACUUCCUCUGGACUUCACCAACAAGGAGAUCCUGACUGAUGUUACAGAGUCCACCUCAGUGGAUGUUCUGCUGAUAAACCUCAUCAGAGGGGAACUGCUUCCCUCUGCUCUCCUCUGGAUAACCACACGACCUGCAGCAGCCAAUCAGAUCCCUCCUCAGUGUGUUGGCAUGGUGACAGAGGUCAGAGGGUUCAAUGACCCACAGAAGGAGGAGUACUUCAGGAAGAGAUUCACAGAUAAGAAACAGGCCGACAGGAUCAUCUCCUACAUGAAGACAUCUCGAAGUCUCCACAUCAUGUGUCACAUCCCAGUGUUCUGCUGGAUCACUGCUACGGUUCUGGAGGAUGUGUUGAAGACCAGAGAGGGAGGAGAGCUGCCCAGCACCCUGACUGAGAUGUACAUCCACUUCCUGGUGGUUCAGACCAAAGUGAAGAAGAUCAAGAAUGAUGGAGGAGCUGAAACAGAUCAACACUGGAGUCCAGAGAGCAGGAAGAUGAUUGAGUCUCUAGGAAAACUGGCUUUUGAUCAGUUAAAGAAAGGAAAGCUGAUCUUCUAUGAAUCAGACGUGACAGAGUGUGGCAUCGAUAUCACAGCAGCCUCAGUUUACUCAGGAGUGUUCACACAGAUCUCUAUAGAGGAGAGAGGGCUGCUCCAGGAGGUGGGGUUCUGCUUCGUCCAUCUGAGUGUUCAGGAGUUUCUGGCUGCUCUUCAUGUUCAUCUGACCUUCAUCAACUCUGGGAUCAACCUGAUGGGAGAAACACAAACAUCUAAGAAUGAACCAAAGUCUCUCCAUCAGACAGCUGUAGACCAGGCCUUACAGAGUCCAAAUGGACACCUGGACUUGUUCCUCCGCUUCCUCCUGGGACUUUCACUGCAGACCAAUCAGAGUCUCCUAAAAGGUCUGCUGACACAGACAGGAAGUAGCUCCAAGACCAAUCAGGAAACAGUUCAGUACAUCAAGAAGAAGAUCAGUGAGAAUGUUUCUGCAGAGAAAAGUAUCAAUCUGUUCCACUGUCUGAAUGAACUGAAGGAUCGUUCUCUGGUCCAGGAGAUCCAACAGUAUCUGAGUUCAGGAAGUCUCUCCAAAGAUAAACUGUCUCCUGCUCAGUGGUCAGCUCUAGGUUUCAUUUUAUUCUCAUCAGGAGAAAGUCUAGAUGUUUUUGACCUGAAUAAAUACUCAGCUUCAGAGGAGGUUCUUCUGAGGCUUCUGCCAGUGGUUAAAGCCUCCAACAAAGCUCUGCUGAGUGUUUGUUUCCUCUCAGAGAGAAGCUGUACAGCUCUGUGCUCAGUUCUCAGCUCCCAGUCCUCCAGUCUCAGAGAACUGGACCUUAGUAACAACAACCUGCAGGAUUCAGGAGUGAAGCUUCUCUCCGCUGGACUGAAGAGUCCAAACUGCAAACUAGAAACUCUCAGGUUGUCAGGCUGUCUGAUCUCAGAGGAAGGCUGUGCUUCUCUGGCCUCAGCUCUGAGCUCCAACCCCUCCCAUCUGAAGGAGUUGGACCUGAGCUACAAUCAUCCAGGAGAGUCAGGAGUGAAGCUGCUGUCGGCUGGACUGAAGGAUCCAAAAUGGAGACUGGAAGAUCUCAGGGUGGAGCCUGCUGGAGAACAAUGGUUGACACCAGGUCUGAAGAAGUAUUCCUGUCAGAUCACCAUCGACACAAACACAGUGAACAGAAACCUGAAACUAUCUGAAGACAACAGGAAGGUGACACUGAUGGAGGAGCUUCAGUCCUAUCCUGAUCAUCCAGACAGAUUUAACCUUCCACAGCUGUUAUGUACAGAGGCUCUAACUGGUCGAUGUUACUGGGAGGUUGAGUGGAGAGAAGGAGUUUAUAUAUCUGUGAGUUACAAAAAAAUCACAAGAGAAGGAAACAGUGAGGUUUGCUGGUUAGGAUUUAAUGAUCACUCCUGGAGUUUAAGCUGCUUUAAAGAAGGUUACACUGCCUGGCCCAGCAGAGUAAGAAUCUCCUCCUCCUCCUCUUCCUCCACCUCCUCCUCCGUCUCUGGUAAAGUAGGAGUCUAUGUGGACUGUCCUGCUGGCAUUCUGUCCUUCUACAGAGUCUCAUCUGACUCACUGAUCCACCUCCACACCUUCAACACCACAUUCACUGAACCGCUGUAUCCUGGGUUUGGGUUCUGCUCCAGUCCAGGUUCCUCUGUGUUUUUGUGCUGAGUUCUAAAGAUCUCCUUCUGCCAGAGAAGUCUUUGUUAAUAGAAAGCUUUGUGUUUACACCUUAAAUAUUUCUCUCUCCUGUUCUUUUUCCUGAAAAGAGAUCACUCGGGUCAAACUCUUUA